CUGUUUCGGUGCUGGAGUUCAAAUAAAAAUAAGUCAAUAUUGAGAGGACCGAAAAGGGAUGAUAUCGUCGCGUAGUGCAAUUUUAGGGCGCUGUGUUGCGAGUGCUCUUCUAAGGAGCACCCAUGGGGCCACACAGAAGGAAGUGGUUCGACGCGGGCACGCCUGGUCCUAUCGCACUGCCGCUCCGCCCCAUCCCCGGUCGGUUGUCAUUGGAUCGCACUUGGUUGGUGGAUUAAUGUGGUGGUGGAUUCUGUGGCAUCUCUGGCAUGAACCUGAACACAUAACCGGCGAAUUCCCCUAUCCGGAUCCAUCGAAAUGGACGAAUGCUGAACUAGGAAUACCUCCGGAUGAUGCAGAUGAGUAAAAUAUUAAAAAUUUCGUUGAAUAUAAAUUAGUAAAUAAAUUGAUAUAGCAUUUUUGAUUAA